UUAAUGUAUACUACCCUGUUCGGGGCGUGAGGUUUAUACUUUAUGCAUUUGUACUGUACAUCCUCACUGCGGUGCCUCUCUGGCCAAGUAAAAGGAUAGUUACAGCUUAUAGCCAACGAGUGGGCUUGGGCUGCAACCGAACGGCUGGGUGUCGGUACAGCUGCAGCCGCCGCCGCUGAAAAAUCUUAAGCGAGCAGGACAGCGGCCCAAAAAGCCCACGCGUUCGGCUGCAGGCAACGGCCAGCGCUCCACCCCCUACGCCCCCUGCUCUCGUCGACCCCCACCGCACGCCGCCGUCCCCAAAGCAGCCUCUCGCCGCCGUUGUUCCGUCGACGCGCAUCGCCUCCUUCGUCUUCCCUUCGCCGACUGAACCCUAGCCGCCGCGCGACCCCACGGCCGUCGACCCACCUACCCGCCGUGCUGCCGUCGAUCCCCCACAACAGCUCCGCCCCCGCCCCAAUCGGCGACGCGCAUCCGUUUCUCGGCCGCCGCGCUGCACCUCCUUCGUCAUAUGUGAGUUGGUAUAUGUGUUUCCGGGUUCAGGGGCCGGCGGUGCAGGGGCAGUCCGGCUUCAUUGAACCGGGACUGUGCAUGCCGUCACCCCAAAUCUUCUUUCAGGACUACCUUGAGCUCCAUCCGCAGCAUGGCUGUUUCAAUAUAACUUGUUUUAGAGUCAGAUCGAAGUGAAUCAUCUGUCUGUUCACUUCGGUGUUUAUUUAUUUUUAUGUGGAUUGUUUAUGUAUGGCUGAAAUUCCACCCCCCCCCUCUCUCAAAGUUUCUACAUCUUCCAUGGCACUCGUUGUGAUGUGUGGGCAGCCACGCAGCGGCAAAUCAGCAGCUGCUGCUUGCCUUGCUGCUGCGCUGCGCUCCUCCUCAACCGACCUUACUGUCCGUAUCAUUGACGAGUCAUCGCUCCAUCUUGGACGCAAUGAUAGCUACAAAGAUAUGGUUGUCGAGAAAAACUUGAGAGGAGUUCUUAGAUCAGAAGUUGACAGGUCCGUGUCACGUGACAGCAUAAUUAUUGUCGACUCUUUGAACAAUAUUAAGGGGUACCAAUAUGAGCUGUGGUGUCUUGCGCGUGCAUCUGGAGUAAGAUAUUGUGUGCUUUUUUGUGAUACAGAAGUGGACCAUUGUAGGGAAUGGAACAGCAACCGCCAGGAGAAAGAAGAACGAGCAUAUGAUAGUAAUAUAUUUGAAGAUCUUGUGAGGAGAUUUGAGAAGCCAGAUAGGCGUAAUCGUUGGGAUUCCCCUCUUUUUGAAUUGUUUCCAUCUAGAGGUGCGAACAACAUUAAUUCCCUGUAUGAGAUGGACAAAGCAACACAGGAGGUGGUGAAUGCAGUUGUUGAAGCACAAUCCUGUGGUCUUGAGCUUGCCAUGAACAAGAUUUCUAUUGGACCAAACUUGCCAACUAUCAAUCUUCAAAGAUCUGUUGGCCUGCCUGAGCUCCGAAGCCUGCGACGAACUUUCAUCAAGCUGGCUGGGCAGUACAGCCUGAGUGGCUCACCACCGCCGACUGAUGCUGAUAGCGCAAAGAGGAUGUUUGUCGACUACUUAAACAGCGAAGUUGGUGCUUGAAGAUUUUUCCUCUCAAGCACAACAUGUGGAACUACUGAAGGAGAAGCAACAACAUACAGAACAAUAUAUAGAUAGUGUUUGGUUGGCUCAAAUGUAAUAUAAUCUGAUUACUGAAGGUAACGAAUCCCAUUAAAUAUGUUUGAUUGUGAUGGUCUGUAAUCAAUUGAUACUGUAAUCGAAUCCCUUACCUAAAUAAUAUCAAAUAAUAUCUAUACAAGCAUGC